AUGGCUUCAUGGAUGACGGCCAUCUUCUUUGCCGUCAUCCUCGUCGCGGAGCUUGCUUUCUUGCCCGAGACGCUAUAUCCGAGGGACUAUAUGCUGUCCAAGACCAAAGGUGUCGUGUCUGGUGGCACGAACGGCUCCGUAGACGAGAAGGCUGUGGGAUCGGUGGCAGCGCCAGAGGCAGUGAAUGUUACGAGGACCAAGAAGUUGGGGUUCUUGAAUGUGAAGCCCGUGCCGGCAAUGAAGCAUCCCAAGCCAUGGGCGUCGAUUGUGCGCUUCGGGAAGUUGUUCAAGUUCUCUGUGGUGCCCAUCGCAACGGGAGUGUACUGCUUCGGGUGGUAUUGGUGGGUGCUGUCGGUCAUCACGAUGAUUCCCGUGGCCUACAUUGACUAUUCGCCGCAAGUCCAGGGACGUCACAGACUCUUCUUUAUCGGGUUGAUUGUGGGAACCUUGAUCUCGGAAAUUUUCUUCUCCGGACAGUUGAGCGACUGGCUUGUGAUAAAGCUCGCAAAGCGCAAUGGAGGCGUCAAAACAGCCGAGAUGCGUCUGUGGCUGGCUUAUCCCGCGGCUCUUCUCACCUCCAUCGGCCUCGUCAUCUGGGGUGUGAGUAUCGAUAAGGCAUACCACUGGAUGGUCGGACAGGUUGCCUUUGCUCUAUUCGGCGCGGGAAUUCAAAUGGGCAACACGGCUAUCUGCUCGUACAUUGUUGACGCGUAUCCGCUUCAGAGCAUGGCUGUGAUUACCUUUUACGCGGUGCUCCUCAACUUCAGCGCCUUCAUCGAUCCGUUCUUCAUCGCGCCUUGGGUGACGAGUGUGGGUUACACUUGGACGUUUGCAGGACACGGUAUCAUUACCAUCUUUUUUUGCAUACCGGCGCUGGGUCUAUUGCAUAGGUUUGGAGGCGCACUUAGAGCAAAGGCCGGAGAGCCGGAUUGGGUUAACCCGGAGUAUGAUCAUGAUAUUGUGCGGGAAGCUUGA